UGUUGUUUUGCAGCCAUGCCAAAUCACGCUCAGCUCAUCCACGCGAGCGAUCCGGCAUAUGCACCCCCUGUCAUCCGACCUCCGUCGCCGGCUAGUUCUGUAGGGACAGUUUAUGAGCCAGAUCAGACGUCUCAGUCAGACGUAGAGUUGAGCAAGGAGGAGUUUGAACAGACAUGGUUGGCUAAAUUGCACCUCGACGACCUAAAGAUCGAGGAAGAAGAAAAGUUACGCCCAGUGUUAAUAGACCCGCGGCCCCCUCCAGACUCUCCAGAGGAGAAAUUACUGGUUCAGAACAUUCUAACUGGCCUGCGGUCGCGGGUCCGGCAGUUGGAAGAGGAUGCCGUUUUCCAGCACUUGAUCAUGAGCGGCUCUAAAGUCGGAUUAGAAGGACCUUCGGACAACGACAUUGAUGCGUUGAUGCGUAGCAUGAUGCCCACGCAUGGCACCAAUCCUCAGGUUUCCGAUGGACCAUGGAACAAAAAACACGAUGACUUUGACAUGACUCUGAGCCACGAAGUCGCAAUGAAGGGGAAGCAAAGGGUUUAA